AUGUCUAUGAUGGCUUUGCGGCCACUGACAAUCGAACCCUUAGUGAUUGCUCAAAAACUGAAGUUGACAACUCUUAGUGAUAGAAACAGGGAACAAAGGGCUUCUGAUACUUUACAAACUCACGGGAUGCAGAACUGGGUUUUAGAAAUCAUCGUACGCACCUCUCGCCCUCAUAUACAGAUGAAUAAUAGAGCUGAUCCAGAAGAAUUGUUCACAAAAUUAGAACGCAUCGGGAAAGGAUCCUUUGGAGAGGUUUUCAAAGGAAUUGAUAAUCGUACCCAGCAAGUGGUUGCUAUUAAAAUCAUAGAUCUAGAGGAAGCGGAAGAUGAAAUUGAAGACAUUCAACAAGAAAUAACUGUUUUGAGUCAGUGUGACAGCUCAUAUGUAACAAAAUACUAUGGAUCAUAUUUAAAGGGUUCCAAAUUAUGGAUUAUAAUGGAAUACCUGGGUGGUGGCUCAGCACUGGAUCUCCUCCGAGCUGGCCCCUUUGAUGAGUUCCAGAUUGCUACUAUGCUCAAGGAGAUUUUGAAAGGUCUGGACUAUCUGCAUUCUGAGAAGAAAAUUCACCGAGAUAUAAAAGCUGCCAAUGUCUUGCUGUCAGAACAAGGAGACGUAAAACUUGCUGACUUUGGAGUUGCUGGUCAACUGACAGACACCCAGAUUAAGAGAAAUACUUUUGUGGGAACACCAUUUUGGAUGGCUCCUGAAGUGAUUCAACAGUCAGCCUAUGACUCAAAGGCUGACAUUUGGUCGCUGGGAAUUACUGCUAUUGAACUAGCCAAAGGGGAACCGCCCAACUCCGACAUGCAUCCAAUGCGAGUUCUGUUUCUUAUUCCAAAGAACAACCCUCCAACUCUUAUCGGAGACUUUAGUAAAUCCUUCAAGGAAUUCAUUGAUGCUUGCCUGAACAAAGACCCAUCAUUUCGUCCUACAGCUAAGGAACUUCUGAAACACAAAUUCAUUGUAAAAAAUUCGAAGAAGACUUCUUAUCUGACGGAACUGAUAGACCGAUUCAAGAGAUGGAAGGCAGAGGGACACAGCGAUGAUGAAUCUGAUUCUGACGGCUCUGAUUCGGAAUCCACCAGCAGGGAGAAUAAUGCUCAUCCUGAAUGGAGCUUUACAACUGUGAGGAAGAAGCCUGAUCCGAAGAAACUACAGAAUGGGGCAGAGAAAGAUCUUGUGCAAACCCUGAGCUGCUUAUCUAUGAUAAUCACACCUGCAUUUGCAGAACUUAAACAGCAGGAUGAGAACAAUGCUAGCAGGAACCAGGCAAUUGAAGAGCUUGAGAAAAGUAUUGCUGUGGCCGAAGCUGCCUGUCCUGGCAUCACUGACAAAAUGGUGAAGAAAUUAAUUGAAAAAUUCCAAAAGUGUUCUGCAGAUGAAUCCUCUUAAGAAGGUCUUAUUCAUCACUUGUGUUUCAUAUGAUUUGAGAGAAACCCACCAAAGCUACUUCAAGCUUAACAGUGCUUAAUUCAUGAGUUCC